ACACACGUGUGCACAUAAUAUUUUUCGUCAUUUGUUGUGAAUGGAAGUCUACAAGUGCCGGAGUACCAUCUAGCACAUGUCCACAUGUAGUCGACAUCUGAUAUGUCAGCUCCCAGGGUUUCAGCUCCACAGGCAGACUGCUCGACGAAGGCAAGAGAUUAAAAAUAAGAAGGUCACGUCCUACGUUGGCUGCAGUGGUUGGAUAUCCUUAUGAUAAAGCAGUGAAAGUGAGCUUAUCCCCACUUUACGUAGGCCGGCCGUGAGUGGUCAGAAGUUUCUUCCGGAGAUAAAUAUAUGUUACUCAGUGGUUGGGAUUUAUUUGUGGCGAUUCAAGUGGUAAAGGAAUACAACACGUGAAUUGUGUGAUCAUCUCUUGUGAAAUUUCUGUAUGGUGUGACGACACCCCUGUGUUGUAAUAGUUAACGCGAAUUUAGCCGGAUUUUAUAGGUGUCCCAUAUUGGAUUAUUAGUAAUGUAUCCGAGGACUCUACUGUAACGUCACCAUCUGUUCAUAUUGAACAGGCAAACAACUAUGGAACCGUCAAAGAUGCCGGAACUAAUUGAAGCUGAUUCAAGUUCUAGUACUCACAGACCGAUGGCAAACUGUAAUAAUUUCGAAGAAAGCAACUCCUUACCUAGGAAACCAGACGCCCAGUGGGGUGAAAGCACUGCCUCCAAACAACCAAUGGAUGAACCGCCUUAUUACCGCGAACCACAUCGAGGCCGUUACCAAGACACGUCACGGAACAUUAGACAUGCGCAUCAUUCAGAAAUGGAAAUCAUGGGCAAUGGCACACACCCGCUGAGUCGAGGCACGUCUAGGAAACAUUCAAACAAUUACCAUAAUAAUCACAGUCACAGAGGCUACAUGGAGCAUCAGAGGCACCAGAAGAUCCGUCUAAAAAGGGAGCCGACACGGAACUGUGUCUCCUACCUUACCGGAAUUCUACACUGCUACAAUGUUUUUCUACUGGUUCUAGGAUCCGGUGUUUUAGCUGUCGGAGUAUGGCUGCUUGUGAAAGACUACAACUCUCGCGAGAUUUCUGCGAUUGUGGGAUCUCGUCUUUUCGAAUAUUUAACGUAUGGUCUGACGGCAGGUGGUGGUGCCGUCGCCAUUCUUGCCUUUUGUGGUUGCUGCGGGACCAUGCGUCAGGACAAAUUUGUCCUUGGAUUUUAUGGUACCGUUCUAACUCUUGUGAUAUUGAUGCUGUUUGCCGGAUUCGCGCUCGGGAUCACGUUCAGAUCGGAGUUAAAAGAAGAUCUUACUGAACAUUUUAAGUCAUCGAUUAUCAAACACUAUGGAGUUGACGUGGAACGAAAUUCCUUCAACCGAUUGGUAACAGACGCUUGGGACGCCAUGCAGAGAACGUUACAAUGCUGUGGGGCUGUUGGGAACGAAGAUUCACUCUUCAGCUGGGCUAUAUUCAAACUACACAGCGACUGGUACGCUGUGGAAAUGCGAGACAAACAAAACAGACCGUACGUCCCGGAAAGCUGUUGUGUGAUUGGCAUGUCAAAGUUGGACUGCCAGGGACUGGGGAAGAUAAGGAGAGGGUUUCCCGUAAAAGGGCCGGGACAGAGCUACGUCGAGGAGGCUAACGAUGCCCUUUUGAAAAAGGGUUGUUAUGACCGAGCUCUAGAUUACAUAGAAAACAAUAGUAUGUACAUUACGAUAGUUGCUGGUGCUGUUCCGCUUUUACUGAUUGUUGGAAUGAUAAUAUCAUUCUAUCUCUGCUGUAAAGUAAAAAACGAGGACGACGAUUUCGACGAUGGAGAUGAAGUGGAGGUAUAACCUGUGUCGAUGACAGCAUAAAGGUGUUUAAGAAAGAAAAGAAACACAUUCCGUCCGUCGGUGUUUAUAUACCGCUCCGUAUGGGGAGCAAUGUGGUUGUGUACCUAACCUAAUUAUCUGCCUGUACUUCCGGUACACGGAGGUCAAGGUCAAAGAUGAUGCCAUUCGACAAGUGGAUUUAAGAAUGACUACUUUGUUGUCAAAAUGACUUCUGGUUUGCUGUCGAUAGCCACUUAGUGGGGAACAUUUCAUUGAAGAUCACCUUACAAGUCGGCUACCAAAAGUCAUCUCAGUGCUGUGUGUCUUCCAUGUUCAAAAUAAUUUAGGCUUAUAGUUAUUUCCUCACCAAAGUGGAAUCAUCUCACUUGACGAAAGUCGAAAUGCAAACGGGACCAGAGAGUUUAAUUGCAUACAAUGCACAUUCGUUAGCUAAACAUUCCUUAGAUUCCUUCGAACUCGUUCAAGCUAUGCAUUCUUAAGAUAGCAAAUGUGAGGGAAAAGAUUGCGAGCACGAGCAAAUGAGGACCGAUGCUCAGACAAUGUUGCUGAAAAUUGCUAUCAAUUGUGCCUCACUACUUGGACAGGUGUGUCACAUGGACAGGUUUAAAACAAUGCCUACCUGUCUACUGUUGAUAUCACUAUAUCAUCUAUACACCACAUCAUCAUGUCACUUCAUCAGGUCAGAUUGUCGGGUGAAAAAGAGAAACUGUUGGGAGCUACUGUAAUUUCCGUCACACAUUUUAUUUACAAACAUAUAAAAAAUGGGGAAAAUGUGGAUGUAUACCUAAACGUGUGAUAUGAAAAACUCCAUAACACUUUGGCUAAAGUCAACAACUACGCAAUCCAAUCUGUUGAAUUAUAGUCAAACAUCGUCAAUGUACAUGAAAACGACAGUCAACAUAUUUGCAUGCGCAUUUCAUCAUUCAUUGAAGAUAUUCUAUCACGUGGAAGUUACCUAGCAACAAACUAUUGGAAUCUUGCAAUCCGGAGACCACAGUUAUUCAUCAGGAAUGAAAAUCCUCGCUAUCAUGUUGACUAUGAAUAUACUAUUCAAGGAUACUCCACCCAUUAAUGAAAUGGAAAACACUGAUUAUCAUCCCUUUUACGAAGUUUAAUUAAACGUUUGUGGUAAGUUUUUAAGGAAUUUGUUUGGAUUAAAUGCCAUGGAAACUCGACACUGUUGAUACGCGUAGAAACGCAAAGCAGUUAUAAUGCAAUGGAUGCAGGAUCGCUUAGUGGAGGAGUCAUGCAACCACAUAUACAAUAUGUACAUUUUAUUACUAACUAAACUCAUGACUGUAUAUAAUGAUUUAUUUUUACUUUGAUGAAUUAUAUCAUUUCCAACACUACCCGGUAUCGGAGACAUAUUUUAAAAGGGGAGGGAAUCCAUGUAUUUUAACUGUGGCUGUUCUUAUUACUGUGAUAAAUUGGAUAUUUUAUAAUAAUAAUAAUCUUAAUACUUGGUAGUAAUUAGUUUUUAUGUUAAAUACACUCAUUGUCGUUAACAAAUUGGGUGAAACCAAAUUUGUUCUAGGAAGUUAUGAGUGAUGAACAUUUACACGUUUAAUACACUAAACGACCUCUUUUUCAUUUUAUAAAGAUACAUCUGAAUGCAUAAUAAGCAUGUUAUUCAUUGUUUGGUGAAUUAGUUUAUUUUGUCAUUUCUCGCUGUUAUUCGAUAUCUUUUUUUCUCUAAAUAAUUUCAUGAGUAACAAUCGCGGUACAUUUCAUUUAAGAAGCGUAUGCGAUGAGAGUGUACAAUUUCACCAUUUUCGGUUUGCAUUUUGAGGUACUGGAAAGCCUAGGAUCUAACCUGGAGAUCACCGUUGAUUCGAAUCUGGUAUCCAACUUUCGUACUCUCACGCACGUAAACAAGUUUAUAUAUUUUCAGUAUUAUUUUGAAGGGGAUAUUAUGUAUAUCUUUGAUAGUUUUACACACAUCUACGAUAUCAUGUUAAAAUAAAUAUGUAAUUCACUUAUAUACUUUAUAUGAUAGUAUUGCUCCACACACCUUCUCGUGCCAGAUAAACACAAAUUUACAGACACAGAAUAUCUUUUAUUCAACAGGAUAACGAAUAAAAAUAGCGAUAUAAAAUAUUCAGCGUAUUUUCUACCAUAUGUCAUGAAAUUUAAAUUUAAAUGAAAUCUUCUGAGAGAAAGCACAACAUGGGAAUACUUAUAAACUUGUGAGAAGAAACAGAAUUUAAAAAAAAAGUAUGUUUUAUAUGAAAAGUCAAUAUUACGUUGACGGCUAGCACUACACCUCUAUAUGUAUCAUCGCGCUACACAAGUCCCAAAUGGCCUUCAACAUAGAUAAGACCAUAUAUGGAAAUUGUCUUGGUCAUAGAUAGAGAAGAGUUGUCUUUGAAGAUAGUAUCAAUUAUUGACUAAAACUGAAAGUAUACAUUGUUACUUACGUUAUUUUCCCAUGCACACUAGUUUUACAAUUGUCAUCCAUCUAUUUAACUUGAUAGAAAGUUCUAGUCUAAUUUUAAUUCUCCCACUAGUCUGCCGUCCCAGCGGCUAAUCUAAGGGGCCUUGAGUGUAUUAUGCUCUUCCGUAUAGCGGUAGUUCACUCAGACCAACGUUUUUUUUUAAUUUUCAGUUUUACAAUUAAAAAUCAGGAAUAUGUAUUUUAUUUAUGUCCCAAAAAACAUGAUUUUUUUUUGUAAUACACGUGUGUGUGCACUUUGUCAAAAUAUCAAAGACAAGUGUUGAUGCCAAAUGAAAUGAAGACUGAAAACAAACGUUAUUUUCCCUCAUUUUAACUUCCUGAGUCGAUGGAGGAAUGAACAACUAAAACAUGAAACGUUGGUCUUAUUUACACACGCAAUCAAAUUUUAUACCUGUCUCAUAUUAUCUCUACCACAGCAAUUAAAACAUUUUAUUAUUUUUUUUAUCAUUUCUAAUUUGCUUUGUUUAAGUUUCAGCAUUAUCGUUAUUAUUUUUUUUUUACACGCAAAUGUACAAUCGAACUUUGUUUAGAGGAUUUUUAUUAAUACUCAUGUGUAUGUAUGUCGAAGUCAUGUCUUGGUGUAUUAGUAUAUGUAUUAACUUUUUUACGUGCACUCUUAUUCACUUCGUUUCCUCAACAUGAUAUCGUUCACAUAACGGAAAUUUACUCAUACAGUUUUCAGAAAGACUUACAGUUCGACAUAGCGAAAGCUGACUAUACUAAUACUGUUCGGCUCGUAGAAGACUGGCUGUAUAUAUGUUGAUACCAAGGUAAUGUUACAAUAAUGGUUCGACAUAGCGUAUUUAUGCUAAUACUCGAUGAUAUGACUUUUCGACAUAGCGAAGACUGACUAUUUAUGAUAAUACUCGACGGUAUAACUUUUCGACAUAGCGAAGGCUGACUGCUUAUGAUAAUACUCGACGGUAUAACUUUUCGACAUAGUGAAGGCUGUAAUAAUGUAAAUGUAAUGCUAGAAUUCGACAUAACGAAGACUUUAAGGUUGACUGUAUUUAAUACAUUGUUCCAUUUACUUCCUUGACAGGAAUGUCCGAGAUAGCGCAGUCUGACAGCAGAUUUCUUCUUUGAUAUAGAAAUAUUGUUCAACAGAUCGAAAGAUGGAAGUAUGCCAACUCCGUAUAAGAUUUGCUGUUUGACAUAUUGGAGGCCGCUCGUAAAUUUCUUUCCUGAUGAAAUUUAUAACUUGAAACAACUUUAAAGUUCGCCAAAUUAUUCUUUAUUGAAUUUUGAAACAAAGCACGUGUUCAAUUUCUUCAUGGGAAAAUUAAACAAUUCUUAACAACAUUGUAUAAAAAAUCACUAGACAAACGGUGAGGAAUCUACCCGCUUCCACGCACGAGCAAUCAUGCUACGUCUGCACUACGAACUCGCGCAGCAACCUGCACGUGCUCCCCGGUCAAGGUCAUAGAUUCUCUUUCACCGGAACGCCAUCAUGGCCACAUGUAGGAUUGUUUAUCAUGCAAAGCCUUCAUUCUCGGAUAACGAUAAUCUAAUACGAUUUUUGAAAGCUGACAAUGGUUCAAAGGUGUCAGAUAUCAAACCGAGUCGAACAUUUUUGUAGAUGAGGAGAGAUGAGUAGCGUACCAGCUACGUACAUGAACUCGAUAAAUGCGGUCAUUUUAACGGAAUAUUCGCUGCGAUGAAUUUUAUUUGAGAAAAGAUUUAUAUAAACUGUAUAGAAUGAUUUCCAUCAAUUUGCCUUAGUUCGAUUUUGUUUUAGCCAUACUUCCUUCUAAAUUAAACUGCAGAUUGCUCGUAACAUUUGUUACACGUGAUCAUCAUAAAUAGUUGCUGUAUGGCAUUACAUACAUAGUUGUAUUAUGUUUCUUUUACAAGCGCCAAACGCAAUAUUGUGUAACUAUUGUGUACAGCUAUAAACUCAUAUAUUUUGCAUAUGACGUACAAAGUUGUGUUAUCGGCAUACAAAUUUGUGUCAUUGACAUAAAUUAUGAUAUACAAUAUGUACAAAGUUAGUGACACGUGAUCUACAAAGUUGUUUUAAUGACACGUGACACAAAAACAUGCUAUGAACAAGAUAUACAAAACUGAAAGUUGGGUUAGUGUCAUGUGACAUACAAAUUAGUAUUACUGACAUUAGAUAUACAAAGUUGUGUUAUUGGCACGGGACUUACAACGUGUGUUAUUGGCACGGGACAUAUAAAAUGACGCUAUUAGCAAGAGAAAAACACUUAAAGUUGUGUUAUCGACACGUGACAUAUAAGUUGUGUCAUUGAUACGAGAUACAAAGUUGUGCUGUUGGCAUUAGACUUACAUACAAAGUCGUGCUAUCGACACGCCAUGCAUAGAUGUGUUAUUAGCACGUGAUCUACAAAGUUGUGUUAUCAGCACGUGAUCUACAAAGUUGUGUUAUCAGCACGUGACAUACAAGGUGUGUUAUUAGCACGUGACUUACAAAGUUGUGUUAUUGGCAUUAGACAUACAAAGUGUGUUGUUAGCACGAGACGUACAAAGUUGUGUUAUUGGCAUUAGACAUACCGGUACAUACACAGUUGUUAUUAUUGACACGAGUUGUCAGUGACACGUGGCAUACGAACUUGUGACCUACGCAAUGGGAUAAAGGACGCUUGGAAUUAAAAACUACGCACUGUACAUUUUUUUCGAUUUUUAAAAUCUACGCAUAUCUUUUAUCAAAUUGAGAAACUACUCAAGUAGAUUUCAAAGUUGUGUUGAACGGCUUAUACGUUUGCUGAUAAUUUCAAUGUGACACUAUACGUAUAUAUGUUAUGUAUUAUGAUUAUUAUACGUAAAUAUAGAAUGUUAUAACUGGCUGUGUAUCAAUAUUAGCAAAUUAAAUUACCACAGUGAAAUUGUUGAUGUGUUCUAAUUUUAAAAACAUUUGACAUGAACUGUAUCUAAAUUUUAAUGCGUUUUUUCAUGUUUAUUGAUGUGUGUAUGAUGCAUAAAUGUGUUCAAUUUGUAUUUACAAUCGAUUUUUAAAACAGAUUCACGUCAUUAAAAUAUUUCAUUUUAUUCUGUUUUUAAAUACGAAGUUCAAUGGUUUUACUGAAAUGAUUACUAUAAAAAUUAUAUUUUGUUUUGAAGGGGAAGGUAAGCUUAUUUUUAUAUACAAUACUCACUAAAUUCUGUCUAUGACAAAUUCAUGUGCAUUUAAACAUACGAUCCCGUUAUUAAUUAAUAUGAUUUGAUAAGAUAUAUAUAAUAACUAGAAAUGAAUAAGAAUUCGUGGAAAUUACAAGUAGAUAUCAUAUUUUACCCCUUUCUUGGAGAUUUCAUGUAGAUAAAAUUGUAUAAAAAGCGCUUGUUAUUUACUACUUUGAUAUUGUACGUUCUUCUAAAGUGUUUGAUAGUGUUUCUCGCAAGAUAGAGUACAGAUAUAACGGUCAAUUCAAGUUAUUAAUGAAUUACAAAUUGAGAGAUUGGGAUCAGAGGUUAUGAUCGGAAAUGACGUGAAUGCGUAAUGAGAGGAACAAAUGCAGACAAAUGCCGCUUGUCUAUAGAAAAGACAGACAGUAGCAAAAUGAGAAAGAGUGAGUAAGGUUUGUAACGUAAUUAAAGAACGAUUCAUCAUAGAAUGCUUGCACGUGAGAAAAGAUCAUUUACUGAGACUUAAUCAUGAUGAGGAUGCUGUUUUCCGAUCUGCAGAAACUGAAUUCUCCCGUGGGACCAAUUAACGUCAUGCGGUUACACAUGCGCAUUUGAACAAUUCGUAUCAUUUAUCGUUCCAUUAUCUUCUCAUCAUAAACACUAGAUAUAAUGGUUUUUAUAUUAUGGUCGUUCUUCUACAACUAAUUCUGAUUUUGACAUUUUCCCGCAUAUGAGAUUUUAUACACUACUUGUUGCAAUGUGUGAAUAUGUCAUUUUUAUAUUGGGUUAUUUAAUAUCUUUAAACAAAACAUUUACUAUCAGUUUCUAUAUGAUAUUUGUUAUUGUGUCACUCGCACGAUUAUUAUAUAUGAUGAUUAAAUUUGUAAAUAUUGUAAAAAGUACAUCAAAUUAACUCAAAUUAUUUUAUGUAAUAAAACCAAUAUCUGGUAUAA